AUGCUUGGUCGUUCACAACGCAAGAGAAAGGCUGAUGACAUUGAAGAUGUCAUCAAGUCAUUGGCUACAGAAGCAAGCGAGAAUGGUAUCGAUUGGAGUAACAUUGGUCCCGAAUACUUCAGUAAUUGGUUGGAAACGUUUGCCCGGGCACACUAG